CUCAACCCCGACAUUCGCUUCAGCCACUGCCGCUCCUUGUGCAGGUUAUCUAAACAGGACGCUCUUUACCUGCUCCUUCCAACUACUCACGCUCUUUUGUCCCAAGCGUACCGGGUCGCAAUCGACCGGUUCAUAGCGCUUCAAGAAGUCAGUGGUCAUCUGCUUGCAAUUUCAUCUCACAGAGACUCAAGGUUACACACGAGCACGAUCUCCAAGCUUUCUGGACAACGCUCGCUCAAUUCAAUUCACCAUGCGUUCUUCUAUUCUCCUCGCUUCCACGCUUGCGAUGGGCGUUGUCCUAGCGCACCCUCGCGUUGGCAAGCUCCACCCCCAUCUUAGGAAGCGCCACCUUGUCACCGAGACUGAGGUGCUUGUUGAGACUGUCAUCAUUUACGUCACCGCCUACGAAAAUAUCGAGGCAGUGUCCAUGUCUCCAUGUUCCUCAGUCACUGCCAUGUCAGAGCCAGAGCCAACCUCUACCGAAGUGUUUACGCCAACGGCGGAAGUGCCUUCCUCUACUCCGAUUCCCGCUCCUACUCCUACCAUUACGCCAGCUCCGGAACCGGAGCUACCUUCUUCGACUCCAACCCCUACCCCAACUCCGGAGCCUGAGCCGUCUUCGGAGCCCGUCUAUGCUCCCACCCCCGAGCCGGAGCCGGAGCCGGAGCUUAGUCCAACCUACGUGCCUCCUACCUCGACUUCUGCACCUAGCUCGACCUAUGUAGCGCCGCCAUCCAGCAUGACGCAGGCCCCCGAGCCCAAUGCUGGCGAGCAUGUUGUCGGCGACGACCAGGCGUACCUUUCCGCUGGGCCGGAUUACGAGGCUGCCAUGCUCUACCACCACAACAUCGCUCGUGCUAAUCACGAUGCUGAGCCUCUUGUCUGGGAUGCUGAUUGUGAGGCCGCAGCUCUCGAAGCUGCCCAGACAUGCACCUUUAAGCAUUAUAUCCCCGAAGGCGCAGGUCAGGGACAGAACCUCUUCACUGUCUCUGGUGAUACCUUCAAUGCCACUGCAGGUGUGACCGAGAGCUGGUACAAGGGCGAACUCGAACACAUGGAGCAUUAUUGGGGCCAAAGUGAUAUCCCGGACGACGUCUUCCACAGCGUUGGGCAUCUAACUCAGAUGGUCUGGAAGGGCACCGCCAAGGUCGGUUGCGUUUCCAUUGACUGCGGCGACAAGAUGGUCGUUGGUGGUACAAUGUCAACGAUGAACAAGUACACGGUCUGCAACUAUUCCCCUCCUGGUAAUGUCGGCGGCGCCUAUGCUAAGAAUGUCGCUACCCCCUUCUCCAUGACCAACUUGGGUAGCUGGGCUGAUUAGGCGUCUUUCAAGCUGUUUUUUGGUAGAAACAUCUCUUUCUACGUAGCAUGGCCUAUUACCAUAUGCUUUUGCACGUAUGUUGCAACACAAGUCAGCGAAACUGCUUGUAUAAGGAAGGGCUCUUUUUUCUUUACUGUUAGAAGAUCUGUGAAUGGCAACAACUUCGACCAAGGUUUGGUCAGCCAGGGAUGGAAUGGUUUCAUGACUACAAUUCGUUGUACAUACUUACGCCGGAGAAGUCUUCACGAG